GUCAGACCAUCGCGUAUACGAGCACGUGGUAAUCUUACUUGCGGUUCUCAAAAACUUUAUAAAGGGAAUCAGAUAUAUAGAAGACCUGACGCACGAUCGCUUCAGCCCUGUCAAGCCGCAUCUUUCCCUGCAAUUUAUAAAAAAUGGCUCUCCCAAAAGAAGUUGGUGGCUAUAAGCUCGGGAAGUUGCUGAUCGAAGGAAAGACUAAACAAGUUUUUGAUCUUCCUGGGGAGCCGGGCUUCUGUCUUCUGCUGAACAAAGACAGGAUCACAGCUGGAGAUGGUGUCAAGGCUCACGAUAUGGAGGGCAAAGCCGCCAUAUCAAAUUUGACAAACGCCAAAGUUUUCGAAAUACUUAAGGCCGCCGGAAUCAAGACCGCUUUCGUAAAGCUUGCCUCAGAGACGGCGUUUGUAUCGAAGAAAUGCGAUAUGGUACCCAUCGAAUGGGUCACCAGGCGACUGGCGACUGGUUCCUUCCUGAAGCGCAACCCCGGUGUUCCCGAAGGUUUCAGAUUCACGCCGCCCAAGCAGGAAACCUUCUUCAAAGACGACGCCAACCACGACCCACAGUGGUCUGAGGAACAGAUCGUUUCUGCUAAUUUUAAAGUCAACGGCCUCGUCAUCGGUCAGGAUGAGGUGGACUACAUGCGGAAGGUAACAAUCCUCGUGUUUGAAGUCUUGGAGAAGGCGUGGGCGUUACGUGACUGUGCCCUUAUCGAUAUGAAAAUUGAGUUUGGAGUUGAUGCUGAAGGGAACAUUCUCUUGGCUGAUGUCAUUGAUUCUGACUCCUGGAGGCUUUGGCCGUCAGGUGACAAGAGGCUGAUGGUAGACAAACAGGUGUACAGAAACCUGUCGAAUGUAACAGCCGCGGACCUCGACACUGUGAAGCGUAACUUCUCAUGGGUCAAAGACCAGCUCGACCACCUGAAGCCUUCGAUUCAUCACAAGGUCGUCAUCUUCAUGGGCUCGCCAGCUGACCAGGAACAUUGUCAGAAGAUUGCUAAAGCCGCCCGGGAGUUCGGCCUGGACGUGGACCUCCGGGUGACGUCAGCCCACAAGGCGACGGAAGAGACUCUGCGAAUCAUGCAGCGCUACGAGGACACGCAUGGAGCGCUCGUCUUCAUAGCGGUGGCUGGACGUUCUAACGGUCUGGGACCGGUUCUAUCUGGCAACACUUCCUAUCCUGUCAUCAACUGCCCGCCGCCGUCUGAUAAACUUGUCCAGGACAUCUGGUCUUCCCUGUCUGUGCCUUCCGGUCUGGGCUGUGCGACGGUCAUCUACCCCGACAGCGCUGCCCUUAUGGCCGCUCAAAUAAUCGGUCUUCAGGACUACCUCGUGUGGGCGCGUCUCAGGGCGAAGCAGCUCGAUAUGGCAACAUCUCUUAGGGCUGCCGACAAGAAGAUCCGUAACCUCUGAGUUGUUUUAAUCUUUAAUUGUUGGUUGUUUUUGUACUACAUAUGCGACUCGAAUGUACAGUAUUUUGAAGGAAUAUCAAGAGGGACAUGAGAAGUUAUAAUACAGAAUUGUAUGUGGAUAUAUCUUUAGAACAACAACAUUGAUUUGUGAGAAUCAUUCCGUUUUAUAUAAAUAAACGAUAAUUUUCAUAAA